CAGCCAAUCGUAUUUUCCUUUGGGGAAAACACAGAGAGGCUGAGGGAAGGCUGGGAGCGGCUCAGUUCUUCAUAACUCCUUUGUGAAGAGGGGCUGGAAAAUGGGGCUGGAAAUUUAUUUGGAUCUGGUUUCGCAGCCGUGUCGCGCUGUUUACCUGUUUGUCAGAGCGGCCAGCAUUCCGUUUGAGUUUAAGAAGAUUUCCCUGAUGGCAGGUGAGCAACACAGUGAAGAUUUCAGCAAGAUCAACAUUCUGAAGAAAGUCCCCGCAAUUAGAGAUGGAGACUUCUGCUUGGCAGAAAGCGUUGCCAUUAUGAUCUACUUGGCGGAGAAGUACAACACCCCUGAUAACUGGUAUCCCGCUGACCUGCAGAAGAGGGCACGGGUGAAUGAAUUUCUGUCCUGGCAGCAUACAGCCAUACGUCCCCAUGGUGGCAGGAUGCUCUGGCUAAAGGUCAUGAUUCCAAAGGUCAUGGGUGUGGAGGUUCCUCAGGAGAAGAUGGAUGCAGCUUUAGAGGAUUUGGACAGCUCUCUGAAGCUGUUUGACGAGAAGUUCCUUCAGGACAGGCCUUUCAUUGCUGGAGACCAAAUCUCACUGGCUGACCUGUUUGCUGUUGUGGCAAUCAUGCAGCCGGUUGGUGCAGGUGUGGAUGUGUUCGAGACAAGGCCCAAAUUGAGUGCCUGGAAGGAUCGCGUUCGGGACGCUGUGGGCAGUGAGCUGUUUGAUGAAGCCCACCAGGGCAUCCUCUCAGCCCAGGAAGUGGCUAAAAGCAUGGAUGGCAACAAAAUGCAGCACUUCAAAGCCAGAAUCCUUAGAACAUACCUGUGAAGAUCCAACAUAAAGCUGUUCUAACCAAUAGCUACUGACCAUCACUGUGUAAUCUGAUCAUGAGUGGGAUGUUAUGAAAGGCAGAAUUUCUAAAAUUAACAGUGCAAAUCUUGGAUAUACUUUACUGACUCAACAUGUUCUCAUAAACUUCACUUUUAAAACGAAUGUUUUUUAAUGAGGUAUGUGAGUUUGGACAGCCAAGGUAUAAUGAACUUUAUGUGCACUUUCUUUAGGUGUACUGUAUAGGUUUGAUCCUAGUUAGGGUAUAAGUUUUCUUUUUAUACUAUGUAUAGGUUUUAUGUUUCUGUUCCUGCACGGACAUGCCAUGUCAUAGGAGAGGAACUAGUAUUUUGUCCCAUGACGUUUACCAUGUUUUGUGGAAGCUCGAUAAUGCUGCACUGACUUGUGAGGAAUGUGCAUGUCAAACCUGCUGCAUUGAAUGAUUUCUGCCAGUAACUUGUCCAUUGUUAAUUUGCAAAUACAAUUGUAGCCAGAAGCUGCUGGUCACAAUCAUUAUGCAGUACACUGUGGGUGCUAUGGACUAAUGGAUUACCAAUAAAUGUGUAAUUAUGGAUUAAGGAAGGUUUAAUAUACCACCCAACUGGCACCUACUACCAGUCCAGAAUUUAAACUCACUCACAAGAUAACACCUUACAUUUAAUAUAGGUGUGGGCAUUUCCACACGUCAAGAUCAGUUGUCUGUUGUCCCAUGACUUCUGGCAUGUUAUUGUGCAUUUCUUUGUUUAACUGUGUUGUAAAAUGUUCCUGGGAUCCCAGAUCAGAGCUAAUAAAGAUACUGUGUAAGGUC